AUGACCGAAAUUCCUCAAUUUUCUUUGAACAAUGGCAAUAAAAUGCCCUCUGUUGGCCUUGGUUGUUGGAUGGGCGCUCCUGGUGGCGGGCAGCGCGUUUACGACAUGUGCUCGAAUGCAUUCAAGGCUGGCUAUCGGCAUCUCGAUACGGCAGCCGGCUAUGCAAACGAAGAGCAAGUAGGCAAGGCCAUCAGAGAUUCGGGCAUCCCACGGAGCGAAUUCUUUGUGACCACCAAGCUUAGAGGCGACCAUAAUGUCAAGGAAUCAUUCGAAGAGUCCCUGCAACGCCUUGAUGUCGACUAUAUCGACCUCUAUCUUGUGCAUUGGCCACAGGUUUUCAAGGAUGGCAAAAUCUUGAGCCCUGAGGAGGAGCCGACGAUUGUCCAGACAUGGAAAGAGAUGGAGGGACUCUUGGAAACAGGACGCGUCAAGAACAUCGGCGUCAGCAACUUCUCGAUCAAGACUCUUGAAAUUCUCCUACCGCACUGCUCGGUCGUGCCUGCCACCAACCAGGUCGAGCUCCAUCCGUGCUACCCACAGAACGAUCUCAAAGAGUACUGUGAAUCGAAGGGUAUCCUGCUCACAGCGUAUAGUCCACUGGGACGUUCCACGUUCUUCUUUGAAGACCCUACGAUCCAGAAACUGGCAGAGAAAAACAGCUGUAUGACGGCACAAAUUGUACUGUCAUGGGCCGUCCAGAGAGGCACGAUCAUCGUGCCCAAGAGCGAAGAUCCCGGAAGAAUGCUUGCUAACAUCACUCUCGUGAAACUGUCGGAAGAAGACUUCACGACUGUAAACACCCUACACAAAAGCCCUGGCCUACACAAAUCCCUUCUGGCAUUCGACGACAAGAAGGAUGGCACAGUCUUCGGCUGGACUUACGAGCAGCUCGGCUGGAAUAUUCGGGUGGGCGGAGAGGUCGUAGAGGCAUGA